GCGAGCUUCUAGUGGCCUUCUCCCAUGCAUUCCAAUCCUUUCAUGCGCUCGCGACCGAAACCGCUCACCGUCAUCUGCCAAUCAUUAAUGUUAUCAUUACAUCCUGCGGUCUACAGCGACUGUGAAAUGGCCAUGAUGAACAAGGGAAAGUGCGCCUCCAUGUGCCGAUGGUACUCAUCGCGCCGACAGCGCCCGCCGUCGCUUGUGGCUGAUUGUCGGUCAGUUGGGUGGCACGUAAUGGACUCGGCCAUGUCGGUGCCAUUCUCUCAGUCUCUUCUUUCGCCCGUCGUCUUCUCUAAUUCCUGUUACGUAUCGACGAUAUAAUCAGAUGUGCUCGUAUGCUGGAUGUGGCUCAUCAUGGCACCAGGCGAGAAGCAUGGCUGACUCCGGAUGCGCAAGGAACUGUCCGACUCACGCGGCGUCGUACUCCUGUCAUCACGGACAUGCAUGUUCUUUGAGGAUUGAUUGGUAAUGAGGACUGGUUGUUCACAAAGGUUGCCAAACAGAAAGCCUGUGAAAGCGUCUGCCUGGGAAAUAGGUACUGUGGAUAGUCACAUAAGUGCAUGACAC